GUGCUGGUCAAUCGCCAGUCCAUCCUGGGGAACCCGUUCGGCAUGAAAAAGGGCCCUGGGGGCAAGCCCAUGGAGGACCCACGCGAGAGGAGCGCCGUCAUAGCGGCCUACAAGGGCUACCUGGACGAGGUCCUCGAGGAGAGCUGCAGCGCCGUAGACAUCAAGGGGCUGACCGCCCACUACGGCCUGACGGUGAAGGACAAUUGCGGCAAAGAUUGGGCGGAGCUCUACGAGAACUCCGGCGGCCCACCUGCCGUCCGAGCGGCUUUCCGGGAGCUGAAUAGCAUGGUCGCCUCCCACAGAUCGGAAAGCGUGGACUCAGGAUCCGGCUCCUCUGUCACUGCGUCCCGAAGGGCUGCCACGCGGAACACCUGGCCGUGCGCCUCGGGGACCAUCAUUGAGGAGAGAAACCAGGCGCCCGCCAACGGCGUUCACGCAGAGCGGCCGACCCCGGCUCCGCCCGCGGCCCCACCGCCGCCCCGAGGCGCGGCCUGCCCGGGCGCGGCAUCUUCGAGCAGCGGCCCCGUCCUUGCGGUGGCUGCGCGCGCCGCGGAGGCCGACGACCCCGACGGCUCGGACCUGGCGGCGCGCUUGGGCAGCGGCCUGAGCCUCUCCUCCGAGGCCCCGGCUCCGGCGCGCACGGUUCCAGGUGGCAGCGCAAGCGCCUGGCAGGAGGCGUUGGCUGCGCUGGACGCGCUGCGGCAGGGGGGCAGCGACCCGGGCCGCGAGGCGUACGCGGCCGCCAUCUCGGCUUGCGAGCGCGACGGACAGGCGGCGCUCGCUGCGCAGCUGAAGGGCGAGAUGCCCCUCGGCUGGCCGGCGGCCGGAGAGAGCGGGCGCCCAAGGAGGCUGGCGGCCCGAUGGCGGGCAGCGCGGAGAUGCUGA